AUGGAAGGCAGCGAUAAUAGCAGAGCCAGCGACUACAUUUCCAAAAAGAAGCGAGUUAAAUCAUUAUGUAGGGGAAUAAAGGUUUUGUCCCCUUUUCGAUACCUUGCCAAAGCCAGAGAUUUUUAUAUCAAAAGCAUAGCUGAGUGUGCGGGGAGGGCUAAUUAUAGAGGUCUUGGUGUUUCUAUGGCUGGCCUGCCAAAGAGCUUCAGCGGCUCCUCUGUUAGAAAUGAUGAUGAAUUUGCUGAGCUCGUUAGGGCCGCUUCACAGAGCAGUAAAUCAUCUCCUGUGGCACAACACAAGGUGAUUCCGAAAAGCUCUAGCACUAAUAGGGCACCUUCUGUGGGAAGGAUUGACGAGGAUAGCCCCUGCUAUUUUGGUGGCUCUUUCAGAAAGAUUGUUGCCCAGCCAGAUCUUCGUUUCCCUCGUAGGCGAAUCUGUCGUCCUGCGAGAACUUCCCUCGGUACAAAAUAA